AUGGCUAAACCCGAGGAAUCAGACACCAUCACGCCGGUGGGCGGCACUCCCGCAGAUGAGUCUUCGACCGCAGGCCCGGGCCAAGAUUCAGCCACCGCGAAAGUCAUUUUGAAUGCGAAAGCCGCCACGGAGAAGGAGCAGUCUAUGACCUUGAUGCAGGGCAUCCGGCUGUAUCCGAAGGCUGUUAUGUGGAGCGUGCUCAUCUCCACGUGUAUCGUCAUGGAGGGCUACGAUAUCAGUUUGGUCAACAACUUCUACGCCUUCCCACAAUUCAAUCGCAAAUAUGGAGAAUGGACCGAUGGCGAAUACCAAGUAUCCGCAGCGUGGCAAGCAGGUCUGAGCAACGGUGCGUACUGUGGCGAAAUCAUCGGUCUUUUCAUCAACGGUUGGGCGUCGGAACGCUUCGGUUACAGGUACACGAUCAUGGCCUGCCUCAUACUAGUUACCGCAUGGACGUCCAUCUUUUUCACAGCCAAGAAUGUGCAAGCGCUGCUCGCAGCGGAGAUUCUCAGUGGCGUUCCUUGGGGUGUAUUUCAGACUUUGACCAUUACCUACGCCUCGGAGGUGUGCCCUGUGGCGCUGCGCGGGUACCUGACCACUUAUGUCAAUUUCUGCUGGGGCCUUGGCCAGCUUAUUGGCAUCGGUGUGAUUAUGGGUAUGUUAGACCGGCCUGACGAAUGGGCUUAUCGGAUUCCAUAUGGACUGCAAUGGAUGUGGCCCGUGCCACUCUUCAUUGGAAUUUGGCUUGCGCCCGAAUCUCCGUGGUGGUUGGUUCGUAAAGGUCGUGCCGAAGAUGCAAAGCGGGUGCUUUUGCGGUUGACUAGAAAGUCUCAAUCGGACAAAUUUGAUGCCGAUGAGACUGUCGCUAUGAUGGUUCACACAACCGCUCUCGAGGAAAAGAUCACCAAGGGUGCUAGCUAUUUGGACUGCUUCCGGGGCACCGAUCUUCGCCGCACGGAAAUUGUCUGUAUGGUUUGGGCGAUUCAAAACCUCAGCGGCAAUACCUUCUCCAACUACUCGACCUAUUUCUUGACACAGGCUGGGUUGAGCUCCAGUAACUCCUAUGCCUUCGCCAUGGGUCAGUACGGUAUCAACAUGGUUGGCGUGUUCGGUGCAUGGUUCCUCAUGACACUUGGAAUCGGCCGACGCACAUUGGUUCUGUGUGGGCUAUGCGGACUAUGCGUCAUGCUCAUGGUCAUGGGUUUCCUAGGGCUCGUUCCCGAAGAGAACAGGAACGCAGGCUCCCUAGCCACGGGAGCCAUGAUGUUGGUCUGGGCUCUCUUCUACCAGCUCACCGUGGGCACAGUCAGCUACUCCCUCGUCGCCGAACUGUCCACUCGCCGCCUGCAGAUCAAAACGGUUGUCCUCGGCCGCAACCUGUACAACAUCGUUGCCAUCAUCUGCGGCGUCUUGACCCCUUACAUGUUGAACCCGGGUGCUUGGGACUGGGGCAACUUCGCCGGUUUCUUCUGGGGCGGCAUCUGCUUCCUGUGUAUCAUCUACGCCUACUUCCGCGUUCCUGAACCUCGUGGCCGCAGCUUCGCCGAGCUUGAUCUACUCUUCGAGCGUGGUGUCAGUGCCCGCAAGUUUGCGACCACCCAGGUGGAUGUGUUCGAUGAGACCAUCGAGGGGCGUGUCAUGGAGGAUUACAGGGCGGAGAAGAAUGCUGUUACUGAUGUGAGUCAGCUGGAGAAGCAUGAGCACUAUGUAUGA